AGUUUGUUUCUUUUUAGUUUUCCUUUAAUUUUCUGUAAAAAAUUUGGCUUUAUGUUUUUUAAAUGGAGACACUUGUAACCUGAAAAUUUCUUCAAUUAAGAGGCUGUUUCUGUCUGGGUUUUCAUCAAUUCCUCUUAAUUUCUCAAAAAAAAAAAAAAAAAACCCAGCUAUUUUUUAAUUAGAAAAAGGAACAACGUUUGGGCUUGUGUUGAAAAGAGAAAUUAGGGAAUUAUCAUAGGGAAUUUUGAUUUUUCGGAUAGUUUCAAUUUAGGGUUUUGCUUAAUUGGGUGUCUGGGAUUAUGAGGAAUAGUGAUGGACAAGGGCAAUCUAAAACGCAAGGUGGGGGUGUCGUUUCAAGGUCAGCUCGGAGUUCAUUACGUGCCAUUUCAAGUUACUUAAGGAUCGUUUCCUCCGGGGCUUCCACCGUGGCACGUUCGGCGGUUUCGGUGGCGUCAUCGAUUGUGGAUAGGGAAGAUGAUUCUGGUUAUGAUCAGGUACGUUGGGCUGGCUUUGACAAGUUAGAAGGUGAGGAAGACAUCAUUCGACAAGUUCUUCUGCUUGGUUAUCAGUCUGGUUUCCAGGUUUGGGACAUUGAAGAAGCUGAUAAUGUCCGUGACAUGGUUUCAAGACGUGAUGGUCCUGUUUCAUUUAUGCAAAUGCUACCCAAACCAGUAGCGGCGAAGAGAUCAGGAGACAAGUUUGCAGACAGCCGCCCCCUUUUGGUAGUUUGUGCUGAUGGGUCCCUCUCCGUGGGUACUCACAUUCAGGAUGGUUCUUGCAAUGGAAGUAUCCCUCACAACCAUGAUUCAGGGAAUGGUAGCGUUGUGCCUACCACUGUCCAGUUUUAUUCCUUGAGAUCUCAAUCUUAUGUACAUGUGCUAAAGUUCAGAUCAGUUGUUUAUUCUGUAAGGUGCAGUUCUCGAAUUGUUGCUAUAGCUCAAGCAGCUCAGAUACAUUGUUUUGAUGCCAGAACAUUAGAGAGGGAAUAUACCAUUCUUACCAAUCCUAUAGUCACAGGUUGCCCUGGUUCUGGAGGUAUAGGUUAUGGACCUCUAGCAGUUGGUCCUAGGUGGCUGGCUUAUAGUGGAAGUCCAGUUGUAGGUUCCAAUUGUGGACGUGUCAGUCCACAACAUCUUACACCUUCUGCAAGUUUCCCUGGUUUUUCUUCAAAUGGGAGCCUGGUUGCGCACUAUGCAAAAGAAUCAAGCAAGCAACUAGCUGCUGGGAUUGUGACCUUAGGAGACAUGGGAUAUAAGAAACUGUCAAGAUAUCUGCCUGAUUCAUACAAUUCUCUGCAAUCGGGAAGUCCUGGCUGGAAAGGCAAUGGAACUUUUAAUGGUCAUUCGCUGGAUGCUGAUAACAUUGGAAUGGUCAUUGUCAGAGAUAUUGUCAGGAAAGUUGUUAUUGCUCAGUUUAGGGCACACAAAAGUCCUAUUUCAGCAUUAUGCUUUGAUCCUAGUGGGACCCUUCUUGUGACGGCUUCAGUUCAAGGUCAUAAUAUCAAUGUGUUCAAGAUUAUGCCUGGACUUCAAGGAAGCUCUUCUGCGAGUGAUGAACCAGCAUCAUAUGCACAUCUCUACCGGCUGCAGCGUGGUUUUACGAAUGCUGUAAUACAAGAUAUUAGUUUCAGUGAUGAUAGCAACUUGGUUAUGAUUAGUUCUUCAAGAGGGACAAGCCAUCUAUUUGCUAUCAAUCCAAUGGGAGGAUCUGUAAGUUUUCAGCCUGGUGAUACUGGUUUUGGUCCUAAAAAUAGCAGUUUGGGUGUUAUGACAAAGCCACAAGUUCGUUGGCCGCCUAAUUUAGGAGUACAAGCACCUACUCAAACAAGCCUUUGUGCAUCUGGACCCCCGGUGACACUUUCAGUUGUUAGCAGAAUAAGGAAUGGAAAUAAUGGCUGGAGAGGCACUGUAACUGGUGCUGCAGCAGCUGCAACUGGCAGGAUGGGUUCAUUUUCGGGGGCCAUUGCUUCCUCUUUCCACAACUGCAAAGGCAAUAAUUUUUUGUUUGCUGAGAGCAGCUCUUUGAAGACAAAAUACCUUCUGGUUUUCUCUCCUUCUGGAUAUAUGAUACAGUAUGCUUUACGACUAUCGGCUGACUGUGAUUCAACACCAGUUGUUUCUGGAUUAAACACAGCAUAUGAGUCAACUGCAGAAUGUGAUGGAAGGUUAUUUGUCGAGGCAAUGCAGAAGUGGAAUAUAUGUCAGAAACACACCCGAAGGGAGCGAGAAGAUAAUAUAGACAUAUAUGGUGAUAAUGGAACAUCAGACAACAGUAAAGUAUAUCCUGAAGAAAUAAAAAAGGGAACUAUGUAUCCCAACCCGUCUGAUACCAUUGACAAAGCAAAUGCUAACCCUGAGGAAAAACGUAAUUUGUAUAUUUCAGAAGCUGAACUGCAGAUGCAUCAAGCUCGAGCACCAUUGUGGGCAAAACCAGAGAUAUACUUUCAAUCAAUGGUGAUGGAUGGCAUCAAAAUAGCUGAAGAAAAUGGUUUUGAAGGGGAAAUAGAAAUUGAAAGGUUUCCAACUCGCAUGAUUGAAGCUCGGUCAAAAGACUUAGUUCCAGUUUUUGACUACCUUCAAACUCCUAAAUUCCAGCAAGCAAGGAUUCCAACUGUAGAUAGCAAUUGCAAUGGACGCCUGCUGCAUCAGAGGUCUGGGCUAUCUGAAAAUGGCCGGCUUUCAUGUAGAAGUAGCUCUGGCUCUCUGGACUCAAUGACUGAAAAUGGUGCUGCAGUUGCUGAACUUCACAAUGGCAUCGAAGAAACUAGUUUGAAUGGUCCUCAGAUGCCUAUAGGAGCCAAGGGCUUUGUAAAUAACAGUGACAGCCCUAAAACCAAAACUCGGCUUGAGAUUGUAAAUAAUAGAGAGAGCUCAAGAAUGGAAGCUCAACUCAAGUUUGUAAAUAAUAACAGUGAGGACCUCAAGAUGGAGAAUCAUUUUGAAGAUGAAGGUGAUGAGUUUGAUUAGAGGUGUGCACUUAUUCUUUUUGAUUCCCCAGAGGCUCUGAUUGACAGAAUUAAUAUUAUGGGGUGGCAAUGUAAACAAGAGGCAAUAGGGGGCUUGACUGUGAAGAGGAAUUGUGGAUUUAUGUUGUUGGGUUUUUCAUAUAUUGAAAUUUGUAAAUAACAGACAAUGAAUUCCCAAUAUUAGUUGUGAUAUGUAAAUAAUAGCAUUACCUUAUAACCCCAACUCGCUUCUAUUCUAUUAAUUAAAAAAGUUUAUUUGUUACCA